UGGAGGUGGGAACGGAUGGUGGGGGGUGGCAGAGGAGGGCUCACCAGGCUGCCAGGGUCACGAGGAUGGGGAUGGGGCAAUGCCCACCCCUGGGGGGCGCAGGGGCCGUGGCACUGAUCCUAAUCCUCUGCUCAGGGGGGGAAAUGCUUCCCACCCAGCUCCCCAGUGCAGAACCUCCUCCAGGCUUUAGUGGAGCAUCGAGGGUCAUCUACUCCGAAGUGAUGGUGCCGAGGCAGCUGGAGCUGAGGCACGGGGCUGCCGUGAAGGACGACGUGGCCUAUUUAAUCGUGGCAGAGGGAAGCUACUACGUCAUCCACCUGACGCGGGCAAAAAAUCUGGUGGCCAAGGACCUCCCGGUUUACACAUAUGGUGCCAGGGGAGAGCUGAUUACAGAGUUCCCCUACAUGCAGGACGACUGCUUCUACGAGGGCUUUGUGGAAGGGUCGCCAGGCUCCAUCGUGGCCCUCAGCACCUGCUAUGGGAUCAGGGGAAUUCUGCAGAUCGGGGACCUGCGGUACGAGGUGGAGCCGGUGCCGAACUCCACCACGUUUCAGCACCUCAUCUAUCGGACAGCGCCGGCAGAGGGCUCCGCCCCGCCGUGCCAACUGCCCAUGGAACACCCAACCAAGGAUGGAGACCACUCCAAUGGGAGCAGGAAAAUCCUCAUCAUAGAGGAGGUGCCCGGUCUCGAGAGCCUGCCCGUGUCCACCAGAUACCUGGAAUUAGCUUUGAUCACCAACAAGGAGCUGUUCAAAGCCAACAGGCACAACGAGACCCUGAUGCUGCACCUCUUCAUUUCCAUCAGCAACAUCCUGAACACGGUCUACAAGCGCAUGAAGCUGCAGGUCGUCCUCAGUGCAGUGGAGAUGUGGACCACGAAGGACCAUGUGGUGGCCACGCAGAGCCUGGCCCAGACACUGCAGUCCUUCAGCAGCUGGUGCCAGAAGGAUGCUGCGGGUCGCCUCAGCUACGACCACGUGGAGCUGCUGCUUGGUGAGCACUACAAGGAGCGGGGCUUUACCUGGAAGGGGAUGGUGUGCCAGCCCAAAUCCAUCGGCAUCGUCUCGUUCUCUGGCCAAGACGCUGUCCAAAAUGUGAUGACCCUGGCGCACAUGAUCGGCCACAGCUUGGGUUUCAACCACGACGACAGGAAACAGUUUCAGCACAAACCCUGUGACUGCAACUGCACCCAAAGAGGAUGCAUCAUGGGAUCAUCCCCGGGAUCUUGCUUGGCAUUCAGUGACUGCACUCUGAGGGAAUAUUACAAGGAAGUAAUAAGGAAAAACAAACCCUGCCUGCUCAACAUACCGUCCUUAAAGCCAUCCCUUUUCGAACUCUGUGGCAACGGCAUCCUGGAAAGAGGAGAGGAAUGUGACUGUGGCAAUGACAAGGAGUGCCUCAAGGAAGGAUGCUGCCUCUCCAACUGCCUGCUUGCCCCAGGAGCUUCCUGCUACAGGGGCGAAUGCUGCCGCAAGUGUCAGUUUCGACCAGCAGGAAAAAUCUGCAGAGCGUACCAGAGCGCGUGUGAUCUGCCGGAGUACUGCAAUGGCAACUCAGCGAGCUGCCCUGUGGAUGUGUUUAAGCAAGAUGGAACUCCGUGUGGCAGCAACGACCGCUGCUACGAAGGGCGGUGCCACAGCCACGAGGCGCAGUGCAAGGCUUUAUUCGGCAAAGCCGCCCACCGCGCCCCACUGAGCUGCUUCAGGGAUGUGAACAUCCGAGGGGACCGCUGUGGGAACUGCGGCUGGAACGGCACACACUACACCAAGUGCCUGGAGGGGAACAUCCUGUGUGGGAGAGUGCAGUGCAUUAACAUCAAAAGAGUGCCGGUCCGGCAAGACGGCGAGACCGUGGUCCAGACCCUCCUGAACAACCAGCUCUGCUGGGGGCUCGAGUUCCACCUGCCUUUCGACAUGCACGACGAUGGCUCGGUGAAGGACGGCACGUCGUGUGGUACAAACAAGAUAUGCAUCAACAGGACGUGUGUCAGUGCAGCUUUCCUCAACAGCGACUGUACAGCGAAACAGUGCCAUGGCAGAGGGGUCUGCAACAACAAGAACAACUGCCACUGCGAUGUCGGGUGGGCCCCUCCGGACUGCAAGGCAGAAGGGUUUGGAGGCAGCGUUGACAGCGGACCACCUCCUUCUUACUACGUGUAUGGAGCUACGGUAAAAGCUGUUGGAACGCUGCUUCUUUUCAUCCUGAUUUCGGGCAUUGUGCUGUACAAGAGGGCUGAAAUCGUACGGUAUAUCCACAGGUGGCGCCGUCAAAGAUUGGACAAAAGAAAUAACCCCACUCCUCCUCUUCCCCCUCCUCCUCCAGGAGAGGAGAGCCCAGGAGAUGCAUAGAAGCCCUCCUGAGCUGUGCAGGAUGCAGAAGCCCAAGGGUUGGCUGCAGCCCGGAGAGCUCUGAAGGACCCAUCUCUGCUUCCCAGGCCUGGCCCGUCCGUUCCGCUUUCGUUCCAUUAUAAAUAACAACGUUUAGAUUUGCUGGAAUAAAGCUUUUCCUCCUGUUUCUAA